GCUGUGCCGCCCCUGUACGCGCCGUGACAGCGGAGUUUGUUCCGUCUCGCGCUCUUCCUCGGCGCUAGAAAAACGGCGCGCUGGCUUUGGAAUCCCACGGCCUGGAAUCUCCUCCCGUCUCUCCCUGCCUGCCUGCCUGCCUUCCUCCCUCCCUCCGCCUUGUCCCCGUCGCCUUUGAUUCCUCCCCCCAGCUUCCUCAGAUCUGCGAUCCUUAUCCCCGGGGUUCCUCGCCCUCUCUCCGGCCCCAGUCGAGGAGACGCUGCUGCUGCUUGGUUUCUUGUGUCCAAUUAUUUUGUAGGUGGUGUCUGGAGACCGGAGGUUCUCUGGAGGUUGGGUGAUUGGACCGAGCCGGAGGUGGGUCUGCGCCGUUCUUGCCGGCUGUAGUUCGGAGGCUCGGUGCUGAAGGCUGUGUUUUUCGUUUGGUUGGGAAAAUGGAUUUGGUGCGGAUGUUUGGUGUCUCGAUUGGUUCUGGGGACCUGGAGGUGUGUGGUGGUUUGAAUUUUGCUUUCCUUUGAUCGAAUUGGUGCUUAAUUCGAGCCUGUGAAGGCUUUCUUGGGUGAAAAGGAUUGAAUUUUGGGGGUCAGGGAGUUGGUCUCCAUCGCAGGACCCUGCUUGCUUGUAGGCUCUUCGCCAUUGGCGCCGAGCUUUCCUGCCGUAAGCUCUUUCCUGCGUCGAUGUUGGAUUUUGGCUGAGAAAUUUGCUGCUUUGCAGCUGCUUUAAGCUGUUACCUUUGCUGACUUUCCCCUCCAAAGGCUUGACCUUUUUAGUUCCGGAGCUGAUUGGUGAACUGGUGAUCUACGGGUCUCCUGUGCAGAUGCUGCCUACUAUUAAAUUGCUCCUGUGUUGAACAAAGAUUCUGUUUUGCCAGAAGACGGUGCUCCUCUUUAUAUCCUGUCCGGAGCUCAAUACAGUGCUCGGAAUCCAUAUUGGCGUGCUAGGAGUGGAUAAGUAUCUUGAACCAUACGUACGGGUGGAACAAAGCCAUGGAUGUGCCUACGCCUUCCAACCGUGCUGGCUGCAACGGCAACAUUGGCAGCCCGAUGGGGUCUUCAGAUGAUCCGUUCGGUGGUGCAGCCAUGAUGAACUUUGAUGGAUACUCGGAGCUAUUCAGCCCUUCGGUUGCUGAUCAGAUAUUCUCGUUGCUUAAUGAUCCCUCUGCUGCACAGCAGAUGUUUGCUAUGUGGCAUGCUUCUGGGAUGAGUGAAGAUACGCAGUUUGACACCUGUUCUGGACCUGUGGAGACGGUGGCAGCACCUACUCAAAAGAUCAAUUUGGUGUCGCCGGUGAAUCCAGCUGAAGCGGACAGAGUGAUAAAAAAUUCAGAUGACCUUGUUCCGAGUAAUGGUCCGCUGCAAGGGAGUAACAUCAUUCCGAGGCCUGUCGUGUGCACCUUUCUUGCUGACAGGAUGCUCAUGGCACUGUCCGUGUUCAGGAAGUCAUUGAGCGAUUGUGUUCUUGCCCAAGUUUGGAUGCCUAUUGAGCACAAUGGUCAUGUCCUGCUGAGUACAUGCGAGCAGCCUUUUCUACUUGACCAGAUUCUUUCAGGUUACAGAGAAGUAUCUAGGCAUUUUCUUUUUUCAGUAAAGGAGGAGCCAGGCCUACACCUGGGGCUUCCAGGGAGAGUCUUCGUAUCCGGGGUGCCAGAAUGGACCUCAAAUGUUCUCCACUACAGUAAAUCGGAGUAUUUGAGGAUGGAGCAUGCUCUUCGUCAUGAAAUACGUGGGACACUUGCUAUGCCGAUUUAUGACCCCAGCAAGGGCACUUGUUGUGCAGUGCUUGAACUCAUCACAAACAAGGAGAAACCUGAUUUUGAUGCAGAGAUGGACACUGUUUGCAAUGCCUUGCAGGCUGUGAACUUGCAGACAAGGACAGAUCGCAGCAAUCAGAAGGUUUACUCCGAAAAUCAGAAAUCUGCUUUCACAGAGAUUUUGGAUGUUUUAAGAGCUAUUUGUCAUGCUCACAUGCUUCCGUUGGCCCUUACAUGGGUUCGUACCUCAAGCAGCAUUGAUAAUGGUUAUCAUGUUGGAAAGGAUAUUGGCAUUGAUUCGCAGUCAGGAAAAGAAAUACUCUGUAUCCAUAGAUCAGCUUGUUAUGUUAAUGAUGCAAUGAUGCAAGGCUUUCUUCAUGCAUGCGCUGAACGACAUCUUGAGAAAGGGCAGGGUAUUGCAGGCCGAGCACUCAAAUCCAAUCUUCCAUUCUUCUCCCCUGAUGUAAGAGAGUACAGUAUCGAGGACUACCCACUUGCACACCAUGCUCGUAAGUUUGGUCUGCAUGCUGCUGUAGCCAUCCGACUGAGGAGCACAUACACUGGUAAUGAUGACUACAUACUAGAAUUAUUUCUCCCAGUCAACUGCAGAGGCAGUGGAGAACAGCAGAUGUUAUUGAACAACCUCUCCAGCACGAUGCAAAGAAUAUGCAAAAGUUUGAGAACAGUUUCUGUAGCAGAGGUUGAUAACGUUAGUGCUUGUGCUGCGGCAAUGUAUAAGAAUACUAAUGAAAGUUGCUUACCAACUGGUAACUCUGAAAGUUCCUCGCAUGAUGAUCAGCCAAUCACAGAAUCAGCAUUCCAGGAUCUAUCUUUGGUUGAUAAGCGAGGAGACAUGAAACCUGAGCAGGCACAGUCUAGCUCAAUGAGAGUUGAAGAGAAAAAACGCACUACAUCUGAGAAGAAUAUUAGUUUGGAUGUACUUCGCAAAUACUUUUCUGGGAACCUGAAGGAUGCUGCAAAGAGCCUUGGUGUUUGUCCAACGACUUUGAAGCGGAUAUGCCGACAACAUGGAAUUUUGCGAUGGCCAUCUCGCAAGAUAAACAAGGUUAACCGUUCAUUGAAGAAGAUCCAAACUGUCAUUAACUCAGUUCAUGGUGUGGAUAGAUCCUUGCAGUACGAUCCAGCUACCGGCUCUCUUGUUCCAGCAGUCUCUCUUAUGGAUAAGACGCCAUUCUCUGCUUGUGAUGCAUUGCCUACUCCGUCUGUUACAAAAACAACGGAGGAAAAACCUAGCCCAAAAUCUGAACAAGGUUUUUCUUUGCCUGAUGAAUGGCAAAGAAAAAGUGUACAAAAAAGGGAAGGUGAUGAACUUUGUAUGUUGGCAAGCAAGAAUAAUGGCGGUAGAAAUUACACUUCUGAUGAUGCAAACGUCAAGCCGCAUUCCAACUCUGAAGGCACACUAGGUCCACUAUAUCACAUCGGUGCUGUUAAUUCUUUGCAUACCGGAGAAAAAGGUUACCACAUGUCAUCUGCCUCUGUAGUCCCAAGCAAUGAGAGCAUUGAAGACCAAACAGUGGGAAGGAACUCAUCAUUUGUACAAACAGCGGAUGUUGAUAUGGUUGAUGAUCAUGAAGCCAAGGAGCACACCCAUCCUUCUACCUCUGGCAUGACAGAUUCUUCUAGCGGCAGUGCAUCAAGUCAGCCUACUUUUGAACGGAACCCAGGACAUGCACUUAGAGACAGAAGCAGCCCUGCACUGACAGUUAAGGCUACCUACAACGGAGACACCGUGCGGUUCAAGUUCUUGCCGUCGAUGGGCUGGUAUAACUUGCUGGAAGAAAUAGCAAAGAGAUUCAAGCUGACGACCGGGGCAUUCCAGCUCAAGUACAAGGACGACGAGGACGAGUGGGUGAUCCUGGCGAACGAUUCCGAUCUCCAGGAGUGCGUCGAUGUCCUGGACUCGAUCGGUUCACGCAAUGUGAAGCUGCAGGUACGCGAUCUCCCAUGCCUCAUCGGCAGCUCGGGCAGCAGCAGCUGCCUGCAGGUGGAAGCGCAUAACUCAUGACAGGAUGGGAGGCCUAGGACAUCACCCUCCAACUGUGGCCUACUGUAGUAGGUCCAGUCUUCGAUGCAGCAGCGAAGGAUCUGCUUUACAUGUAAUGUACAAAUAGAGCGAGUGUAAAGGAAAUGUAAUGCCCGUCACACAGAUCUUGCGCCGAGGAAGCGUAAUGCUCCGUGUGCAGAUCUCACGCCACGGUUGAGACAAUGCCAACAUGGUCUUGGGAAUGCCAUGGCAUCUGUUGUCGUGAAGGUCUCGUCUCAGAAUUCAGAGUCAUGGUUAUUUGUUUUGCAUGAUAAAGGAAAUCAAUGUUUCUGAACGACCUAUAAUCGGCCCCUUUCGGAAUUUUUCUGUGAUGCUAGUGGUUGCUAGUAUCCCCUUUAAUACUACAGAACCAUGUGGACUCGAGGC